AUGGAGGAAGCUGGUGUUUACGUUUCGCAAGGUAUAGGUGGUUACGACCGGGGGGAAAUCAACACCAGUGGUGAGCAGAAGGACAAUCAUGCACAGUACAGUAUCGAGAGCGUCCUGCAUUUUAUUCAAUCAGAAUGGACUCGUCUAGAGCUACAGCGAUCUCAAUGGGAGAUGGAACGCGCCGAACUUCAAGCAAGAAUAGCGUUUUUGCAAGGUGAACGUCGUGGUCAGGAAAAUAUUAAGCAGGAUUUAGUUCGACGUAUUAAGAUGCUUGAACAUGCACUUAAACAGGAGCGCGCUCGCUAUCAUCAAUUGAAAGCAUCCGUGGAGUCUAGCAAUGAUAAAUCAGUUGAUGAAAACUCGAAACCUGGUCCUGACAGCUCCGUUGAAAACUUAAGGGAUUAUAAAAACAUAAUGGAUCCCGGUCGGCAAUUGGCACGCUUUACUGAACAAGCCCUACAGAGCAAUGCUAGGUGGCGUGAAAGUCGCCUAAAACUAAAACAUUUUCUUCAAGAAGUUGGGUACACGGAUUCCGUGCUCGCUAUUCGUCAGAGCCGCGUCCGUCAGUUGCUUUGUGCAACCAAUGGGGAUCUCUUAGAAUCAAAUGCAACGAAUGGUUUAAAGAAAAGCUCACCAAGUCGCAACUCACCGAGCUUGCCUGAGACAGAGGAGGCUGUGCUCCGCACAUUUGACUUUCUGGACAACGCCACCAAAUCCGAGGAAAAGACGGCUUCUACAGAUGCAGAAGCACCAUGGAAUGACGACAAACCUGUUCCUAGUGCAAUUUCGUCACUAUUGUCAGCCUUCGACUCCCGUACCGGGCAACCGAAGAGAUUUGGACGCAAGGCCGGUGUUGACAACAACUUAGUGGAAUUUUUGAAUACUCUUUCGGAAAAAGAAUGCGCGGAAUCUGACGGGGUUCCAAAACUAGGCGAUACCGUCUGGCCCCCUGGCGCCCAGACUCCGAACCAGGUCGUUGACGGCGAAUCUACUGGUGCUCUUGGCGGCUCCAAUUUAAUGCCCUUCAAUUCAACCAAUCAGAGUGAUCCAGGAGGUGGUUCUGCAAGCUCAGGGCUCGGUGAUCUUGCUAGUCUUACCGUUGCAAAUGAAUCCGAAAAUGGCACAGACGCUGAUCAGUGCGAACCCGUCGGUGGCUUGCUCAACGAGACGAGUUUUAGUCAGAAGCAGGCUUCAUCAGCAGUCACUCCAGGCGGGGCUCGACGCCCCUGGACGAAGAAAUACGUCCUAAAAGGCCACUUCGACGCGGUCCGCUCCAUCGCCUUUCAUCCCAGCGAGCCGUAUCUCUUCUCUGGGGGCGAAGACGGAUUAGUCAUGUUGUGGACUUUGCGUCGUCCCGGGUCUCCGAAACCGCUCCUUCGCCGUCCAUUCCAGAAUGCCAACAACACCAAGAACGGCAAUCAAGCCUCGGCUUCUGCAGGCAGCGGUUUGGGCGCGGACCUCGAUGCGGUACACAUCUACCGGGGUCACAGAGGUCCAGUGUUGUCCGUGUCCGUGCCCGCAGUGGGUCAGUGUGCAAGCUCCGUGUACUCGUCGGAUCUAGACGGAGUCAUUCGCGGCUGGCGCCUGCCCUCCUCCGACCCCUUCACUGGCCUCAUCGAUCUCUACUCCCUCUCACAGUCCGUCAACGAACGUGGCCCUGUGCUCAAACGUCCGGAUUCCUCGGGCGACGCUGUCUGGUCCAUCUCGGUGCACCCCAGUCUUCCCCUCUUGGCAUCUGUGGACACCGCCACUGCGCUCACCUUCUGGCCCCUCCAAUCGGACGUCCUUCCCGACAAGGACGCUGGGCAGCCGCUCCCCGUGGAGCCCAUCGUUCCGUCUCGCACCGUCUUUCUCAACGAGCUCAUUACGCCCUCUGCUGGUGAAGCCCCAAUCGGUCGACCAACGAGCGUGACGUACUUCAGCAACCGGCCGGACCCCUCGAACGCCACCCAGUGCCUCGUGGGGACCACCACGGGUUGGCUCGCCCUCGUCGACGUGGAGACCGGCAAGGUGGUCAACAAAGUGGCUCCUCCAUCGGAAUUCUCCGGCGUCACCAACGACACCGAUUUCGCCGACGCCGACCCCUUCAUGCGGCCAGACAACGGCGAUAUCAGUGCGUCGACCUCUCCACCUCCUCCCAUUCGACUGACGUACGCAGUCACCCAUCCAGCGUCUGGUUGGGGUCCCAGGGGCAUCCACGACAUAACCGUGUACCAGACGUUCUCGCUCGCCAUCACAGGACACGAGGAUCGUGUUAUUCGGUUCUACGACAUCACCAGACAAGGCGGUAGCGGCGGCACCGAGUCGAGCAAUUGCUGUGUCGGCAGCACCGUCACCCACCUGGACGCCGUCACCUGUCUCACCGUCGACCCCCACGAUCUUUACGUCCUCACUGGAAGUCACGAUUGCUCUAUCCGUCUGUGGGACCUCGAGACGCGAACAUGCGUUCAGGAGAUGACCUGUCACCGAGUGAAGAACAAUGAGUCCGUCCACGCCGUGGCCAUGCACCCCACGCUGCCAUUCGCUGCCAGUGGGGGUGCCGACGCCGUCUGCAAAGUCUACACGUCCCAGUGA